GACAAGAGCAAGAAUCCCGACGACCCAUAUCACACGGAGCAGCCUCCGCUUAGCACAUACCCAAACGAUGCUAUCCGCAACAAUGCCAAAGGAAAUGACCUAGACAAGGAAGUCAUUGAGCGAAUGAAGAUUCGUGAGCUUUGUGAGGGCUGGGGAGUCUACAGAGAUGCAGCAGAAUGGGAAAACUAUCGCUCAAUGUUCUUCGAUGACGCCUACAUCGCCACUAGCUGGAAACAAGGCAACAUUGACGAGUUCAUCGAAGCCUCCAAAGCUGGAUUCGAAAAAGGCUCCAAGUUCAUGUAUAUCUUACACCGCAUCAUCGGGUCUCAAGUCGACAUGAACCCUGACCUUACCCGCGCAGUCUGCAAGAUGAAGAUUACAAUCACUUGCCGCUUCACCUUCGACGACAUUGAGAUGGACAAUGAUGCCGACUGCCGCUUCUUCUUCUUUGUCGAGAAGAGAGGAAACAGAUGGGUUGUCGUGUUCUACACACUGCUGUUCGACAAGGACAAGUUUGCGCCAGUGAAUCCGGAGAGAAUCUACAGUAUCCCCGAGGAUGAGGUCAAGCAGUACCCGAGUGGGUACAAGUACCUGGCUUGGGCGGAGAACAAGAUCAGUCAGCCGCCCAAGAUGAAUUUGAAUGCACAUGGUCCUGAGAAGGAUGUCUUGUAUGGCAAGAUGAAGGCUUGGCUGGAAAAUGAGUCUAUCAGACCUGACUUGACUGGUGAAGAUGACCCUAAUUGGAAGCCU